UCUGUUCACAUCUCUCCCUAGCAAAACCAAAUAAUCUCAUCUCUCACAUUUUCUAAACUCGUAAUUUUUCAUUAAUUAAUUCUGCAAUUCCAGCUCUCAAAAAAAUUUCACAUGUAGGAAUUUCUGUUGAUUACUAAUACCACAUGCUAGUCUGUACAAAUUGCCUUAAAGGUACCUAUAUGACUUGUAUUACAAAAUGUUUGAUUGUGGAUUUAAAUCACAAUACAUUGGUGGCCAGAGGGAAAAAUUUGUAAGAUUGGAUGAAUUGGAUUCUACAAUGUCUCUAAAUUCAAACACAACCGGAAUGAAGAAAUUCCUGUUUAAUCUAGAAGGAUUAUCGCUGAGAGGGCGUAAAAAGAAGAAUCCAUCGCAAUCUUUCAGGUUCGGGAUGAAAAAAGGAUCGGAAGGAUUAAUAACACUCGGUCGACACCUGAAAACCGGAGUUUCUCGAGCAGUAUUUCCUGAAGAUCUUAAAGUUUCUGAAAAAAUGAUAUUUGAUCCUCAGGACAAAUCUCUCCUGUUAUGGAAUAGACUUUUUGUCAUUUCCUGUAUUCUUGCAGUUUCUGUAGAUCCUUUGUUCUUUUAUCUUCCUGUCUUUAAUUAUAAAAUGGUGUGUCUAGGCUUGGACACAAAUCUAGCCGCAACAAUUACUGCAGUUCGGACAUUGCUCGAUGCUUUUUAUCUGCUUCGUAUGGCUCUUCAGUUUCGAACAGCUUACGUAGCGCCUUCAUCGCGAGUAUUUGGUCGAGGUGAACUUGUUAUAGAUCCGAAACAGAUAGCUGCUCGUUAUUUAGGUCGAUAUUUCAUUGUUGAUUUUCUUGCUGUGCUGCCCUUACCACAGCUGAUAGUUUGGAAAUACCUUACGGAGACAAAAAAAGGUUCAGAAGUAUUGGCUACGAAACAAGCAUUGUUGAUUAUCGUGUUUCUUCAAUACGUUCCGAGGUUUAUGCGGUUUGUUCCUUUAACUUCAGACCUGAAAAAGACUGCUGGGGCUUUUGCUGAAAGUGCUUGGGCUGGUGCUGCUUACUAUCUUCUCUGGUACAUGCUUGCAAGUCAUAUUGCCGGUGCAUUCUGGUACUUGUUAGCUGUUGAAAGAAAGGAUACAUGCUGGCAGAAAGCUUGCCUAGACAGCGGAAAAUGCGAUAUAAGCUUCCUGUACUGUGGCAACCGGGUAUUGCCGGGUUUCCAUGAUUGGCGGAGGAUCAGUGAAAGUGUUCUAGUGGAAAGCUGUAAUGUAGCUGAAGAUUCACCUUUUAAUUAUGGAAUCUAUACACAGGCUAUGGAAUCAGACAUUGUUUCAUCCAGAGUGUUUGUCACUAAAUUCUUUUACUGUUUAUGGUGGGGCUUGCAAAACCUGAGUACACUUGGUCAGGGACUUGCAACCAGCACUUAUCCUUUAGAGGUUCUGUUUUCUAUUGCAAUAGCAAUUUCUGGGCUUAUCCUUUUUGCACUUCUGAUUGGAAACAUGCAGACAUACCUUUCAUCUAUAACGAUUCGAUUAGAGGAGAUGAGGAUCAAAAGGCGUGAUUCGGAGCAGUGGAUGCAUCAUCGCUUGCUUCCUCAGGAUCUUAGAGAGCGAGUCAGACGCUAUGAUCAGUAUAAGUGGUUAGAAACUCGAGGAGUGGAUGAAGAGAGUUUAGUUCAGACUCUACCAAAGGAUCUUAGGAGGGAUAUUAAGCGACAUCUUUGUUUAAAUUUGGUCCGAAGGGUUCCUCUGUUUGCCAAUAUGGACGAAAGGUUGCUCGAUGCCAUUUGCGAACGAUUGAAGCCGAGCCUAUACACUGAACAAACGUACAUAGUCCGUGAAGGGGAUCCUGUAGAAGAGAUGUUGUUCAUAAUUCGCGGGCGACUAGAGAGUGCAACUACAGAUGGCGGAAGAAGUGGAUUUUACAACAGAGGGUUUUUAAAAGAAGGGGACUUUUGUGGUGAAGAGCUUCUAACUUGGGCACUGGAUCCUAAAGCUGGUGCUAGUUUACCCUCAUCUACUAGGACAGUCAGGGCUUUGACUGAGGUAGAAGCAUUUGCAUUGGAAGCUGAAGAGCUUAAAUUUGUCGCAAGUCAGUUUAGACGUCUUCACAGUCGGCAGGUACAACACACUUUCCGAUUCUACUCGCAGCAAUGGAGGACUUGGGCUUCUUGCCUAAUCCAAGCUUCGUGGAGGCGGUACGCUAGAAGGAAAGCAGCAGAACUUCGUAUGCAAGAAGAAGCCGAAGAAUACGAGGAAGAGGAAGAGGAAUAUGAUGAUAAAAAAGCGUUUAUUCGGCGAAGUGAUAGUUCUUCCUCGUUCGGCGCAACACUCCUUGCGUCUCGAUUUGCAGCCAAUGCUCUUCGUGCGCAUAGGCAACGCAGCAGGAAUAGUUCUGCUGGAUUGCUGACGCUGCAGAAACCGCCAGAGCCUGACUUUAGUGCAGAGUAAAUAGUGAUAGUUUUGAUUUUGAUGAAUGGAACCCAUUAGUUGUGACUUUGUUUGCAUUUUAAGGUUUGUUAUGCAUAACACAUAAAAGGCAUGCUGAAAAAAAAUUGUAAAUUUGUAUUCUCAAGUUCUAGGAUAGUACUUUGAUACAAACUGAUGUCACAAGAGUAAAUAUGGAUGUGAUUAUUUGGAUAAAGUGUAAUAAAAACAUUUAAUUAUUAAGAAACAGAG